UUUUUUUUUUUUCUUUUUAUGGUGAUCAUGGUAUUUUCUUUUGUGUUUGCAUGCGGAGAUGGUUUCCGGGUUUGCAAGGGGUCGUGAAAUUGGAAGUAUUUUUUUGGCAAUGUGCAUGGGGGGUUUGUGUUCGGGUGUGUCAUAUGUGAUGUUGAUGAUGAUUAUUGAGGGGUUAAAGAAUUAGACUCUGGACAAUGUGCGUAGAAAUUUUGAGUUAUUGAUCAGUUCGAUUACUGCAAUCAGUAGAUUUGUCCGGGAGCGAGUUUACGUUGCGUUAUCGGUUGUUGCGGCUAUGAUCGGUGUUUUGUUUGACAUGUGAACUUAAGAGCGACUCGGGAUUAUGUCAGCUUCAUGAAUUUACGAUCUACCGUUGCUAUAGCUAAAUGAUCAAUGGUGAUAUUGGUGGCUUAUGUUUGAUGCUUUGAUUGAUUAAAGGCCCUAAUUUGCUUGCUGGUUGGUGGUGAUCGUUUUUGUUAAUGUUAGUAUUCUAAGAAUAAAUAUGUGUGCACGGGCCCGCGCAUUGGUACUUUCUCGAGUUAACAAAUUUUCUUCAUAUACAUUUCAAUAUUUGAGCUAUAUGGUAUCAUCUGUGUUUCCUAAUUGAUAGUUGAUCGGUUGUAUUAAUGGAGUCUGCAAUUUUCUGAUCAAUUCGGGAUGGAUAUUGUUUGUUGGUUGUGGUUAGUCACUCUUUGCUGUUUUUCACCGAUAUCAUUCAUUAAAUUAGAAUGCAUGCGUUUGAUUCGAUCCAUGUUCAAGGUUAUGCACAAUCCUUGAGUUUGAAUCGUUUGAUUGUCCAGCAUGGCAUAAUCUGUUAUUCUGUUAUUAUGUUUACAUUGUUCCUGAGAUCAUAUAGUGGCGACAACAAAAUUAGUUAAGGAAAUUUAUAUCAAUUCUUCCAGUCGGGAUUCACGGAACAUUGCGCCCUAUUGUACUAUGACGUCACCACUUCUUUCCAUUUUUAUCUUUACCUUGGUCAAGAGAUCAUACAGGAUAGGCUGCAAAAUUAGUAAAGGACAUUUAAUUCAAGUCUGCCACCCUGAAUUUAUGGUGCAUUACACCCUAUCGUGUCAUGACAUCUGCACCGUAUCUGAUAACAAGUUUACUAUUUUAGAGUACUUGUAGUUUUUUAGGUCCUUCGUGUACUAACUAAUAUAGUUCAUCAGACAUAUGUUCUUUCUUUACUUUUUCCUUGUAUGUAGAGGCAUUUUUUAAAUUUUAUUUUAUAUGAUUGAGUUUACUAGAUGAUGUAUGACAUAGUUUAUUGAAGUAAUUCGUUCGCUUAUAUUCCUUGAAGAGGAUAGAAGGUCAGUUUUUGACAUAAUUGGAGAAGCAUGCAUGAUACAAGUAUUACUUUGCAGAGAUCUGAUUUAUAAUGAGGGGGAAAGUAACUUAAUAAAAAAAAAAAAUAGAGCGAGAGAGUAGGUAAGAUAAUUCUGUUGAAGCUUUAUACUUGUAAACAGAUUCUGUUGAAGCUUUUUUGUGCAUGACAUGCUUGAUAAAAUAACCAAACAAGUUAAAACUCGAAAGGAUUUUCUUUAAACAUAUGCUUGAAAACUUCAUAUUAUAUUUUUUUUAAUAUUUAGUUUAUUGUGGCAUAUGCUAGCUACCGUCAACCCACCAUUUAUGCACUUUGGGUGGAAGAGAACCUUAGAUCAUAUGUUGUGUUUUAAUGUUUGAGCAUCUUCUUGUUGAGCUUUGGUGACAAGAGACUUGAGUUGUGUGAUUCACAUCCAAAUUAGGGGGGUUUGGAAUGAUUCCAAUAAAUGGCAAAGAGGACCUUAAUGAGGAAAAAAAAUCAAGUUUCUUGUGAACAAAAAACUGUUCAACUCUGCAAUCAUUUUUAACCGGUUUUACAUCAUUUACCAUUAACAUUGGUGUCAUUAGUUUUUUGGAUUCUUUUGAAAUUUGUUUUGUGUUUACUUAAAACUUCUUCUAUUCAUUCACCCUAAAUCCUUUUUAGCAGUCAAUUCAGAGAGGUAGUUUUAUGCCUUUCGGAAGAUUCGAAGUCAGGCCUGUAGUGCCACCUACCAGAGACUUUGCCAGCUAAGAUAUCAGACAUCUUUGGGCCAGCAUAUCAGACAGGUUUUGGUUGCUUGUUUUGUUCCAUACCAAGCCCCAUGGACCAUGAGUUUUCUGAAGAGCAACAGGUGCCAUCUGGUCACAUCACCGCCAUAAGAUUUAGUUUUUCAACUCAGACGGAUACAGAGAAGGUAUCUGUUAUAUCGAUUGACGCAGUUAGUGAGGUCACUGAUCCUAAGUUGGGACUUCCAAAUCCAUCUUCUCAAUGCUCCACAUGCGGUGCCAGAGAUUUAAAAUACUGUGAAGGUCAUUUUGGGGUUAUCAAGUUUCCUUUCACCAUACUCCAUCCUUAUUUUUUAUCGGAAGUUGCAAAGAUUUUGAACAAAAUUUGCCCGGGGUGUAAAUCUGUACGGCAAGAACUAAAGGUCAAGGAUGGGGAUUCAGUUCGUAGCCAUCGUCAGUCUAAGAGUUGCAAAUAUUGUGCUGGAAAUUCAGUAGAGUGGUAUCCAACGGUGAAGUUUAAGGUUUCCUCUACAGAAGUGUUCAGAAAUUGUGCGAUUAUAGUAGAGAUAAAUGAAAAGUUGAAAACGAAGGUUCAGAAUAAAAGUUUCAGGGGUUUGUCUGCUGACUUUUGGGAUUUUAUUCCAAAAGAUGAACAGCAAGAAGAAAAUUGUUUGAAACCAAACAGAAGGGUUCUAUCACAUGCACAGGUCCGUUAUUUAUUGAAUGAUGUUGAUCCGAAGCUCAUAAAAAAGUUUGUUUUGAGGACCGAAUCUCUUUUUCUCAACUGUUUUCCUGUGACACCAAACUGUCAUCGUGUUACUGAAGUUACACAUGCAUUUUCUAAUGGACAGCGACUGGUAUUUGAUGACCGAACCAGGGCCUACAAGAAACUGGUUGACUUUAGAGGGAUUGCUAAUGAGUUGGGUUCUCGUGUUCUAGACUGCCUAAAAAUUUCAAAGUUAAGCUCGGAGAAGUCACCGGAUAAAUUUUUGGUUUCUGUCCAGCCAAAAAAAGGUGCAGAUCCUUCCAUCUCCUCUGGGUUGAGAUGGAUAAAAGAUGUUGUUCUUGGGAAGCGAAAUGAUCACUGUUUUCGUAUGGUGGUGGUUGGUGAUCCACACAUUAAGCUCAGUGAAAUUGGUAUACCCUGUCAUAUUGCGGAGAGAUUGCAAAUUUCUGAGAGUUUGAACAGGUGGAACUUUGAUAAAUUGAGUGAUUGCUGUAGACUGUGUUUCAUUGAAAAGGGAGAGGUUUAUGUGCGUAGAAAAGGUAGUCUAGUUCGUGUGCGUCGCGUUGCCGAACUUCAAAUUGGGGACACCAUAUACAGGCCUCUUAAUGAUGGGGAUAUUUUGUUAAUAAACAGGCCUCCAUCGAUACAUCAACACUCCCUUAUUGCUUUUUCUGUUAAAGUCCUACCUGUAGCUUCAGUGCUUUCAAUCAACCCACUUUGCUGCUCUCCUUUUCGUGGGGAUUUUGAUGGUGAUUGCCUUCAUGGCUAUAUUCCUCAAUCUAUUGAUGCCAGGGUUGAACUUAGUGAACUUGUUGCGUUAGAUAGGCAAUUAAUUAAUGGGCAGAAUGGUAGGAACCUUCUUUCGCUUAGUCAAGAUAGUUUAACUGCUGCCCAUUUGGUCAUGGAGGAUGGGAUCCUCUUGAACCUCUUCCAAAUGCAGCAGCUGCAAAUGUUCUGUCCGCAUCAACUUCCACCGCCUGCUAUUGUCAAAGCUCCCUCACUAAGUAGUUUUAUUUGGACUGGCAAGCAAUUAUUCAGCAUGCUACUGCCUCCAGGUUUUGAAUAUGAUUUUCCUUCAAAUGGUGUUUAUGUUAGUAAUGGAGAGCUUUUAUCUUCUGAAGGAUCUUUUUGGCUGCGUGACAACAAUAGCAACCUUUUUCAAAGUCUUAUCAAGCAUUGUCAGGGUAAGGUACUUGACUUCUUGUAUGCUGCUCAGGAAGUUCUUUGUGAGUGGUUAUCAAUGCGUGGUUUGAGUAUUUCACUUUCAGACUUGUACCUCUCCUCUAACUCAUCCUCCCGGAAAAACAUGAUGGAUGACAUCUUUUGUGGUUUACAAGAAGCAGAGCAGACAUGUAAUUUCAAACAGUUGAUGGUGGAUUCUUGUCGGUAUUUUCUUGUCGAAGGUGGUGAAGAGAAUGCUGUGGUUCUUGACGUGGAACGUUUGUGUUAUGAGAAGCAAAAAUCUUCUGCACUCAGUCAAGCUUCUGUUGAUGCUUUCAAGCAAGUCUUUCGGGAUAUACAAAACUUAGUCUACAAAUAUGCAAGUAAGGACAACUCCUUUAUGUCUAUGUUUAAGGCUGGAAGCAAGGGUAAUUUGCUGAAAUUGGUUCAGCAUAGCAUGUGUCUUGGCUUGCAACAUUCUCUGGUUCCUCUAUCAUUUAGGAUCCCCCACCAGCUCUCAUGUGCUGCUUGGAAUAACCAAAAGGUAUACGGUUCAGUCCAGAAAGCUGAUGAUAGUCCUGACCAUGCUCGGACUUACAUCCCGUAUGCUGUAGUUGAAAAUUCCUUUCUGACGGGCUUGAAUCCUUUAGAGUGUUUUGUUCAUUCAGUCACUAGUCGAGAUAGUUCUUUCAGUGACAAUGCAGACCUCCCUGGGACUUUGAACCGUAGGCUUAUGUUCUUAAUGCGUGAUUUGUACACAGCAUACGAUGGAACAGUCCGUAACGCAUAUGGGAAUCAGCUUAUUCAGUUCUAUUAUAGUCAUAAUAAGGAUGCAUCUACUCCAACUAGCAGCAUCGAUGACUUAUUUGGUGAGAGUGUUGAUGUUCAUUAUGGGAUAGGUGGCCAGCCUGUCGGUUCAUUGUCUGCUUCUGCCAUUUCAGAAGCUGCAUACAGUGCUUUGGACCAACCAAUUAGUGUGCUUGAAACUUCUCCAUUGCUGAAUCUGAAGAAAGUACUGGAGUCUGGGACCAGAAAACGUAGUGCUAACAAAACUAUGUCAAUAUAUUUGUCUGAGAAACUUGGGAGACAGCGGCAUGGUUUUGAGUAUGGAGCCUUAGAAAUAAAGAAUCAUUUGGAGAGAUUAAUAUUUUCAGAAAUUGUGUCUACUGUCAUGAUAAUCUUUUCCCCACAGACUUGUAGCAAGAUGUCUUUCAGUCCUUGGGUAUGCCAUUUUCAUAUAUGCAAGGAAAUUGCGAGAAUGCGAGGAUUAAAAGUGCAUUCAAUCAUCAAUUCUCUUCAGAAGAGGUAUGACUACUUCAGGACAGAAUCAAAAUUCAAGCUUCCCAACUUGCAAAUAAGAAGCAAAGACUGUUCUGUAAAUGACACACGAGAAGAUGAUGAUAUAUUUUGCAUCAAUGUCACAAUAGCCGAAGUUUCCAGGAAUUCUGCUUUACCAUUGGAUACAGUUCGAGACUUGGUCAUACCUUUCCUUCUCGGAACAGUUAUUAAAGGUUACCCAGAGAUCAAGAAGGUAAAUAUUUUAUGGAAUGAUUGGUCCAAAGUACCAAGAUGUCAGCACGGUUCUUCUGGUGAACUAUACUUGAGGGUUGCUAUGUCAGGAGACUCUCAGAAGACAAAUCUCUGGAGUUUACUAAAGAAUGACUGUCUACAAAUAAUGGAUAUGAUUGACUGGUCACGUAGUCAUCCAGAUAGCGUUCAUGAUUUUUGUUUGGCCUAUGGAAUAGAUGCUGGAUGGAAAUAUUUUCUCAAUAGGCUGAACUCUGCAAUAUCCGACACUGGCAAGUCUGUUCUUCCUCAGCAUUUGCUUCUUGUUGCUGAUAGCCUAUCAGCCACUGGAGAGUUUGUUGGCUUGAAUGCAAAAGGCAUUGCACAGCAAAGAGAACAUGCAUUAGUCUCGUCACCCUUUAUGCAGUCUUGCUUCUCUAACCCUAGUGCAUGCUUUAUUAAAGCUGCUAAGGCUGGCAUUGUGGAUGAUCUUAAGGGUCAUAUUGAUGCAUUGGCAUGGGGAAAGGUUCCUUCUACAGGGACUGGCAGCCACUUUGAUAUUAUGUAUUCUGGGAAGGGGUAUGAGCUUGCACAGCCUGAGGAUGUUUAUAACCUGCUGGGUAGCCAAAUUAUUUCUGAUGAGCAGAAUGUAAAGACCAAAAUGCCUGUUGUACACCAAAGCAUAUCUGCCAAAUGUGGCGCUCAGUUUGUCUUCAAGUAUAGCGCUCUUGCACCGAAAGAACUUAAAAAGAUGGAAAGCAUAUCGAAAUCACUCUUAAGAAGCGUUUUGACAUCCAAUGAUAUUCAUAAGCUAUCCCAUGUGUUGAAGGGUAUAUUGCACAAGUAUCCUAUUAAUCACAGGUUAGAUGAAAAGGACAAGUCAACUUUGAUGAUGGCUCUAUAUUUUCAUCCUCGAAGGGAUGAAAAGAUUGGAAGUGGAGCUCAGGACAUAAAGGACAUAAAGGUUAGUUCCCACCCCAAGUACCAGAAUACACGUUGCUUUGAAUUGGUACGAAUGGAUGGGACAGUUGAAGAUUUUUCGUACCACAAGUGUGUUCUUGGUGCUCUUGAGAUGAUUGAUCCUCGAAGGGCAAAAAACUACAAAUCGAAAUGGUUACAACACAGUAAUGUCUAAGCCCACCAUAUAUGCAUGUACAUAUUUCUGAAGUCAAAACGUGUAAAGCGACCAUCAUUGGAUUGGAGAAUAACCUUUAUGCUCGAGUUCUUCACAUCACAGCUAAAGAUGCCAGGCAUUUUGACUUACCUUGCAACGAUCCUGAUCACCUGAAGCCUGCCCUUUUAUCCUAGGCAAUUCCAAGAAAUGCUGGGUCUUUGACAGCAGACCUAUUCAGCAGUCUAAAACAUAAUUUGCUCUUCUCUAACGAUGAUGGACCAUCUCAGAAUAAUAGUUUUGGAGCUUUCGUGCCUUUUCAAGCUGUUCAUUUCCAGGGCAAGCAGAAUAUUGUGCACAACAAGAGAGCUAGUAGAGCAGUUUUAAAAUUAUUUUUUUGGUUAACAAUUGUUUUGUUUCUUCAUUUUCAAGACAAGCUGCUCUCUCUCUCUCUCUCAAAUAUAGGCAGUACCUUACCCAUGCUUCUUUUUGCUGCUUCUACUAUAACUUUGUUUGCCUUCAAUCAUCAGGCAAACAAGAUCUAGUGGAAGCAGCAACGAGAAGCUUGUAAGGAUCAAUACCAAUAUUGGGAUGUAUCUAUAUGUAAUAUGGAGAGAUGCAUAUUUCCAGAAGUUGUCCAAAAAAAAAAAAAAUCUUGACAUUUUAGCCGAUAUGGUGAUCUGGUUGUUUUGCAACUUUGCUACAUCUCAUAUCCAAUCCAAUGAUUUUUUUUUGGUA